AGUGAUCUAGGGAUUGUAUGAGAGCAUGUUGACUUAAUUCAUAGGACUGAGGUGAAGUGGACAUAGCCUUGCAGCGAUGGUCAUACAUGACUGAUCUAGCACACCACAGUCCUUUGACAACUGCAUUGAGGAAUUUCAGCGAUGAGCCUCUUGAGAACGAGAAUGACAUCAAAGUUCAAAUUUAUAAAGAAGGAAACCUGCUAAAUCCUUCUCAACUAAAGAAGGACUAUGAGGAUUGGAUAGUUCAGAUGCAUAGUCAAUAUGAUGAUGAUGAUGAAGCUGACUGUGGUGAAGCCCAACCUGUCUUUGUUGUAAGUCCUGCAAACAAAAAGGAACUUCGUAUAUCAUCUGAAGUUGCAAGGGUCCAUAAAUCUGUAACAAGGAAUGGAAGGACCUGGAAGUGUGGUCAGAGAAUUAAACUUCUUAAGGGAGCAUGUGCUGGGGUUCAGAAGAACAAUGUUUAUGCGACAAUUGAAUACUUUUUGCUUGAAGGUCUCCAAGGUGAAUCUGGUGGUGAGGCUGAAAUUUUAUGCAGGUGUGAUUUCUUGUGCAUAUUCUGCUCAAUUUAUCCUUUCAAGUCUGUCCGAUGAAAAGGGGUGCAUCCUUUCAGUCAAUGAGGGAGAUACUAAUUUGGAUAUGGGCGAAUCCUUGUCUGUACCAUUCAGUGUGGUUGACGCC